AAGCCCCGCCCCCCGGCUCCGGGCUGGACUCGCCUCGGCUGCGCGGCGGCGGCGGCGGUGGCGGCAGCGGCUGCGGGAACUUUGGCGGCGGUGAUCCUAAUGGCUGCGCGCGGGCCGCGGUGAGCGCGGGCCCAGAGGACGGGCGCGGGGCGCGGAGCAACAACAGCGAGAGCGCGCGGCCCGACCCGGCCAGGCCCGCCCCGACCCGCCGAGCCCGCGAUGCGCCCCGGGGCCGCCCCCCGGCGCAGCUGACGCCGCGGCCCGCAGAGACCCCGGACGGCCGUCCGCGAGCGAGCGCCGCCGCCGGCCGGGCCACGAUGGCGGGGAAGGCGGCCGCCUCUGGCACCGCGGUGCUGCUGGUCACGGCCAACGUGGGCUCACUCUUCGACGACCCAGAAAACCUUCAGAAGAACUGGCUUCGGGAGUUUUAUCAGGUCGUACACACGCACAAGCCGCAUUUCAUGGCCCUGCACUGCCAGGAGUUUGGAGGGAAGAGCUACGAGGCCUCCAUGUCACACGUGGACAAGUUUGUCAAAGAACUGCUCUCGAGUGAUGCAAUGAAAGAAUAUAACAGGGCUCGAGUCUACCUGGAUGAAAACUACAAAUCGCAGGAGCAUUUCACAGCUUUGGGAAGCUUUUACUUUCUUCAUGAAUCCUUAAAAAACAUCUACCAGUUUGACUUCAAAGCCAAGAAGUAUAAGAAGGUCACUGGUAAAGAGAUCUACUCGGACACACUGGAGAGCACGGCCAUGCUGGAGAAGGCGAAGUUCCCACAGGACUACUUUCCCGAGUGCAAAUGGUCGAGAAAAGGCUUCGUUCGGACAAGAUGGUGCAUCGCGGACUGCACCUUUGACUUGGUGAACAUCCAUCUUUUCCACGAUGCAUCCAAUUUGGUUGCAUGGGAGACAAGCCCCUCUGUGUACUCGGGGAUCCGGCACAAGGCCCUGGGCUACGUGCUCGACAGAAUCACUGACCCGCGGUUCGAGAAAGCAGCCUACUUUGUCUUUGGUGACUUCAACUUCCGGCUGGAUGCCAAGUCUGUGGUGGAGACUCUCUGCACAAAGGCCACGAUGCAGACAGUGCGGGCCGCUGACACCAACGAAGUAGUGAAGCUGAUAUUCCGUGAGUCUGACAAUGACCGGAAGGUCAUGCUCCAGCUGGAAAAGAAGCUCUUCGACUACUUCAACCAGGACGUGUUCCGGGACGACAACGGCACAGCGCUCUUAGAAUUUGACAAAGAGCUGUCUGUCUUUAAGGAUAGACUGUAUGAACUGGACAUCUCGUUCCCUCCCAGCUACCCGUACAGUGAGGACUGCAACCAGGGCCAGCACUACAUGAGCACCCGGUGCCCCGCCUGGUGUGACCGCGUCCUCAUGUCCCCUUCUGCCAAGGAGCUGGUUCUGAGGUCGGAGAGCGAGGAGAAGGUCGUCACCUAUGACCACAUCGGGCCACACGUCUGCAUGGGGGACCACAAGCCCGUGUUCCUGGCCUUCCGAAUCGCGCCCGGGGCAGGUAAACCUCACGCACAUGUGCACAAGUGUUGUGUCGUGCAGUGACGUGGUGGGAAGAGGUGGCAGCGGCCCGGGAGGGCCCCCCAGGAGGCCCCCCUGCAGCAGGAGCCCCCGCCGAAGGCGCAGGCUACGCGGCACACUCGGGACAGCUGCAUCGACGACUGCCCGCGCGCCGCCCGCUAGACGGCCGGCCCCACACUUCGCUUCAUACUCCGGACCGUUCCGGAAAAGCCUCACAUACCUCACUGUCUUGUCUGUUCAUGUGACAUUAAGUAGAAAUACUGGGUUGUUUUAAUAAGUCACAGUCCUGUUGCCAAAACUCUAAUAGACAGCAAAGAGAUCCUGUAUUUCAGACUUCACAGUUUUCCAUUUUUAAUAAUUGUCAGCGUGGAUGAGCUUCUCACAGGUGUCAGAGGCCCCCCUCUGCCAGCUGGAGGUGUGCCCAGGGCUGGGGAGACGCAGGGACUCUGGGCGGGCUUGGGCCGCAUGGCGGCUUUUGGAGAGCGGGGCCCCCUCUGUGUCCUUUACUCUGCUGCCAUGUUUCAUGGUUUUGGAAUCACACUGCAGCUGCUUUCCAUUUUUAUACAUAUAAAUAUAUAUAUAAAUAUAUACUUUUUAAAAAUAAUUUAUAAGUCUUACCAAAACUUAGGCUAAGUAUACUGUCCAGAAUGAAUGCUCAAGAGUCGUCUCAGCAGGUGGAACCGAGUCUAGGAGUUCAGCCGUGGCCACCGCAGCUGGAAAGCAGGCGCGGGCCGCCCCGCAGCCGCCCGCACCACACCCCGGCGGCAGUGUGGCUCCUGCGCCGGCCGUGGUACCGAGAACCGAACGUGAGGUCGAUAGCUAGCUCGGUGUACCUUUUAAGAAUUUUGUAAACUGUCUGUCUUUUGUUACUGUUCUAUGGUGCCAAGUAUCCUACAUGAAACCAUAAUACCACGGGAUAAAUAAAAAUAGCCUCGUCUGCUUCCCAUAGAAAUCGCUUUAACAUGGGCUGUAUAUAAAAACAUUAAGAGGAACAAAACUAAACUUCCUCGGUCGCUCCGCUACAACCCACGAUGACCUUGCUGCGGAUAUCCCCUCAGCACUAAGCACGGCGUUAAAGGGCGACGGCAGAGCCUGUGGAAGAAACACAACGUGCGUCUCGCCGAUCUGCCCAGGAACACUACAGAAUUCCUGGACCGGGCCAGGGCACCAGAUGCUUGCUUUUGGGUGAAUCACCACCAUUGCAAGCGAUCUGGUGUCCACUCGCCGAACCUGUUCUUGACAAUACGACCGGGGUCUGUGUGCUCUGCUCUGUCCAUGUGCCACACGGCCCUUCUGUUAACCGGGUUUCAGCUGUUGGCCACUGUGGAGGCCUUUGGAAAUGACGCUCCGGUUCCUAAGCAAUAAAAUGGAUCAUGGGGAAGAGUC